AAGGACAGAGACUGCUUUUCAAGCUCAUGUUGCUGCUUCUUGGUACAUAGCUGCUCUGAAUGAGCAAACUCCAUAGAAAAGAUGAAAUUUGAGGAUCUCUUGCUGGAAAUUGGUGGCUUUGGCAGAUUCCAGAUUUUGAUUUUGUUUAUCCUCUGCCUCCCAAGAAUCAACCUUCCCAUGCAUUUCCUGCUGCACAAUUUUCUUGCUGCUACCCCCUCUCAUCACUGUGCAAUUCCACACCAAGAGGCAUUUGUGAACCUCACCAUGGAGGAAGUUCUGCUCAUCAGCAUCCCCCAGGAGCCCGACGGCACUUUCAGGUCCUGUGAGAUGUUCUCGCAGCCUCAGUUUCACCUGCUGCUCAAUUCCUCUCUGCAACCAGAAAACAACUCCAUCCAGCACUGCCAGCACGGAUGGGUCUAUGACCACUCACAGUUCACCUCCACCAUCUCCACUGAGUGGGACCUUGUGUGCGAGCAGCGUGGACUGAACCAGGCAACUGCAACCUUUUUCUUCAUUGGCGUUACGAUGGGGGCCAUGGUAUUCGGAUACCUUUCAGACAGGUUCGGACGAAAAGCCAUGCUCCUGCUGUCGCUUGUGUGCUCUGUCAUAUUUGGGAUGCUGAGCGCUGCUUCCGUCUCCUACAGCAUGCUGGCCAUCACGCGGACCCUCACAGGGGUGGCCCUGAGCGGCGUCUCCCUUAUUGUAUUGCCUUUGGGGAUGGAGUGGGUGGACAUACAGCACCGUACCUUCUCCGGGAUCCUGACUAGCAUCUUCUGGAGCAUCGGGAACAUGCUGCUGGCCAUGGUAGCGUACUUGGUGCGGGAAUGGCACUGGCUAUUAGUAGCCGUAACAGGACCUUGUCUUCUGAGCGUUGUCUGCCUGUGGUGGGUUCCAGAGUCUGCCCGGUGGCUGAUAGCCAAUGGCAAAGUGAAACAAGCUCACAGGCAUGUGCUUAGAUGUGCAAGGAUGAACGGAAGGAAAGACUUCGCUGUCUCACCAGAGGCCCUCAGAAGGAUGGCAACAGAGAAAAAGCCAGGAGGGAGUUACUCCUACAUCAGCCUGUUCAGGACACCAGUCCUGCGGAAGAUCUCUCUGUGUUCUGGGACUGUGUGGUUUGGUGUUGCCUUCUCUUACUAUGGCAUGAGCAUGAACCUAACUGGCUUUGGACUCAACAUGUAUCUCUCCCAGUUUGUCUUUGGUGUCAUUGAGAUUCCAGCCAAGAUAAUCAUGUACGUGGUGGUGAAUCGAGCUGGACGACGGCAGAGUCAGGCGUGGGCACUCAUCCUGACCGGACUAUGCAUAGGAGCUUUUCUUCUGCUAUAUGCAGUACUUGCUAAAGGGGAGGUUUCCAUUCUGUGCACCUUCACUUCCUUGCGCUCUGUAGUAGCCAUUAUGGGCAAAGGUUUCUCAGAAGCUGCAUUCACUACUGUCUUCUUGUACACCUCUGAGCUCUACCCCACCGUACUGAGGCAGAAUGGAAUGGGGUACACCUCCUUCGUGGCACGCCUCGGCGGGGCUUUGGCCCCACUUGUCUUUCUGCUGGAUGAGGUGUGGAGGUCUCUGCCUGAGGUGACAUACUGUGGUGUAGCAGUGUGCUGCGGCUCGGUGGCCUUCCUGCUCCCGGAGACACUCAACGUGCGCCUGCCUGAGGGCAUCGAGGACAUCGAGAAGGCACAAGUGAAAGGGCCACCACAAAUCAGUGCUCCUGAGGGCAUGCCGCUACAGUCUCUGCCAAA